UUUCACUCGGAUCGACGAGUUACCGGCAAAGUUGCGUACAUUCCCAUUUAUUACUCGAGUCAUCAAACAACUACCUUUCUACGACCAAAAGUCAUCAGACACUGGUUAGUGUCAUGACGUUCGGCGACGCUGAGUUCCAGCAUCUCCCAUUACUCGAAAUAAAAAAUUCCAGCGCAACGGAGUGAGUGAAACGGCUACCGUUGGAGUGGAACAGUCCAUCACUAUCGAUUAUAUAUUUUUUUAACAACAAAACAAGUAGUUGUUGCGCUGGACGGAAUUAUUUGUAGAACAAUUUCACGGUCAUGAGCAUGAUGAGGAAGUGAAUCAUGUGUGGGCAUAAAAGAGAAAUGCUUCCCCUCCUCCUGUUGCUCUCCACAACAUCUCUCGUCCACUCAAACACCGGAGUGGACCCCCAGGAGCCCUCACCCGGCUCCAUAAACAUCGCAAAAUGCUGCGAACUGAACGAAAUUCUCGUGGACUCGGUGUGCACACCGAUCGAUAAAACUAAUGAAUCGAGUCCGUGGAAGCCCGAGUUCGUUGACGACCAAUUUCCCACGAUAAUAAGGAAGAAGCCCGUCAACUAUCAGCUGAGAAUAGGCUCGCCAGUCUGCAGCAAGGACGAGACCCAGUGGCAGGUCUACUACGGAACUGAGGACAAACUCGUCAUCCUGACGUCUGGAAAAUUGCGCCACGUGACGCACCACAACUGGUUGGGGAGAAAAGUCAAGACAUUUGACGAGUACAUGCAGAGCUACGAGGAGGACGAGAGCACUGGCGAGCCCCUCCACCAGGACUACGCGUUUGGCCAUUAUUGCGCGGAGAAGGCUGUCCUGACAGGCGACAGAAAAGUCACGACUUACGCCAUCAUCUGCGUUCCCAACGUCAAAUUUCCGUGGAGAGAGACGAGCUACCUAGUGAGAAACAUGAUAGAUCCCAUCACGAGAGCAUCUGCUAUCGCCAGUUACCUAGUGGUUGCUGUCGUUUAUUUUGUACUGCCACAGCUGAGGGAUUUGGUGGGGAAUAUGAUAAGCAGCAUGAGCUUGUGCCUCGUUGUCAAUCAAAUUGCUGCGACUGUUGGCAUCUUUACGCAGCAUGCUAGUCAUAUCAGCUUCCUUGUGGCUGAUACCGUGGCCUACGUAUCCCUCCUCGCGGCGUUUUUCUGGCUCAACGCCCUUGGUUAUUUCGUCUGGAACACUUUCCGCUCUCGCAACGUAUUUCUACGAGUAACAGACCGACGAAAAUACUGUUACUACUCAUUUUACGUGUGGGGAUCGACUCUAACAAUAGCAGCGACAGCCCUAUUCGCGCAUUUUGCAUUGGACGAUCAGGGAACCCCAGUGGCCAACCUAGAGCACGCGAAUGAGCCCCAGGAAACAGUUGGGGUGCUGGCAAUGUCAGUUCUAUUCACCUCAGUGGCCUUCACCAUAAUCGUUGACCUGUGCUUUGUGCUGAACACAGCGAAUACGAUAAAGAGAAUGUGCACUUAUGGGAGAAUUCACCACAAAAUGAAGUACAGCUUCAGAUUGUUCACACUUAUGUACGUGGUUAUGAGCAUUGGAUGGCUCUCGGUUCUGAUGUCACAGAUUAGAUACGACGAGAUAUAUUAUGCCCAUAUAUUUUUCAAUAUCAUUCAAGCACUGUCGAUCCUGUAUAUCUGCGUUUUUGGACAGAAAAGAGUGACAUUUUUGCUGAGUAAAACGUGCAACUGCUGCACUAGCAGUCAUCACACGCCUGAUGGACUCGACUGGGGGGAGGAGAUGACAGCUAUCAAUGCUGGGUAUUGAAUUGCUGAGUUAAUCAUUCACUGAGAGAAAAUAAUGAGGGGAAAAAAUUCUCAAUGGAGUCUUGUUUCAACCGAAAAAACACAUUGAUAAUUAUCAGGACGGAAAUUAUUUCAUUUGAAUGUGCAGCAGGUUUGAACAUCAGUGACGAAAUAUUGUGCCAUUUCAGGGUGAGAGUGUCGCUCAUAAAGUGAAGCACAAUUGAGAAUAUUUUAAAACAAAUAGAAUACUUUUUUAGCAGAAUAAACCCAGUGGUUUGAAUGCUAUAAAUUUUAAAAAAUAAUAAAGCACGAGACGUUUUAUUCCUGAGAAUAUUCAAUGUUCAAGUCUUGUUUAAUCAAAUAAAAUUAUUUGAUUAAAUAAGACUUGUGGGUGAUAGCAACAGAUUUAACAUCUGAUUUUAUAAUUUCACAUUUACACAGGAUUGUGUGCAAUUUACGGUGAUCGUUCUCUCUCAUUGUGCCAUUUCUGCACAUCUUUCCGAAAUUUGAUAUUUCAUUAUUCACACACGAGGGAUAUUGUGUAUUUUUUUAAUUCUCGAUGUUUGAGAGACUGUGGCCUUAGGGAGACGUGACUUACUCGUAGCUUUUAAUAGGUUAAUGUAAUCUACUCACAUGACACGAGAGAAAGACGAGCGAAUUAUUUUUUAAUAUUGUAUUUAUAGGUGUAAGAGAUUUUAAUAGAUAGCACAAUUUUUGUAUGAGAGCAAUAAACUCUGAAUGACUCGAUAAAACGCGAAAAA